AUGGGCGAAGAAAAGGUUUCAACUGUGGAGCAUUACAAAGGAACUACGACCACAACUAUAUUCGUGCAAUAUGGGAAAGACGAGAAUGUGUUGGGAAAUUUCAAACUGAUGGCUAAGGCACACAAAUUUCAUGAAAUUGAACACUUGUAUGUAGAGCACAAGACUAAACUUGUCCCAAUGAAUUUCCCCCAUUACUUGUUGAACGCACCAUCAAAUAGGAUAGAAAAGCUUAUUGAUCACUUGGUCACAGAAGGCCCAAGAGCAACAGUUGAUGAUGGAAUUGCAUACAUCAUGCAAAUGAUGAACAUGACAAUUACAAGAGAAAAUAUUAAAGAUUUGAUGGACAUGGCUAAAUAG